CCGAGACGCAUCUGCCCUUAACUUUUCUUUUCAAGUGAUCCUUUAUUUCUUUUGUGAAAUUUACAAAUUCAUACAAAAUGGCGAGAGAGGAAACAUCACAACUUUUUGACAUGCGGAUAGUCAUUUUGAUUUUUCUAUGGCUCAUGAAAGGUGCUGAGUGUAAAAAAGCAUCAGAAGACAGAGAAUUCUCUCUUCAGACUGGAGGAUCUGUCACUAUUCCAUGUCACUAUGACAGCAAAUACACAAAACAUAAGAAAUUCUGGUGCUAUAAGGCCAAAGCAGUUUUUAAUUUCUGCUCUAUUCUGGCAUAUGCUAAUGACACCAAGGGAAAUUUGUCAGUAAUUGAUCAUCCUGAUCAGAGUUUAUUUACUGUGACUAUGAGAGACCUGCAGAGUAAAGACACUGGGUUUUACUGGUGUGCUGUGGAAAUUGAGGGAAUAUUUCUAAUGGAUGAGAAAGAGAUGUUUUAUAUGACAAUCCAAUCAGUUCGUGAUCUCUCUGUGGUGAACAGCAGUGUAACUGGACAGGAAGGUGGUAAUAUCAGUGUCCAGUGUUUCUACAGUUCUGGAUAUAAGAAUAAACUCAAACAGUGGUGCAGAUAUAAAGACGAGAGAUGUUACACAGUGGGGAAGACUGACACAUCCCAGAAUGCAUCAGUUCAGAUCAGUGAUGAUGAGCAUAAAUCCUUCAGUGUGGUGAUGACUGGACUGACAGAGAGUGAUUCUGGCUGGUACUGGUGCUCUGUAGGAGAUCUGCAGGUUCCUGUUCAACUCACUGUUACUGUGACUGAGACCAAACCAGUUGUGACCACAGAAGCCGGAUAUAAGAAAGAAACGCCAGCUCUGUCAUCUAAUACACCAAUUUCCAUUAACAACAAUCAGACAUCAAUCAGUGAGAAGCAACAAAAUAAGCAGUAUGGAUAUCUGGUGGUGUGGCUUCCAGCAGUCGUGCUGUUGCUGGUGAUUGUGGCUGCCAUUGCAACUGUAAUACUGAAAAAGAAGCACAAUCAAAAUAAAUCCCAAGUUGGAGAUAAUGAAGCUAGUAACACAGAAAACUGGUUGUCUUCCUCCACUUUGGAUCCAUGGACUGAAGUGUUCUAUAGAUCUGAGAUCACACCAACCGCUACAGCAUUGUGGCCAGUAUCUGUUGAGGACAGUGUGACCUACAGUUCUGAGCUCAGACAGAUAUGAAGUUCUGGACCUGAAGAAAAAAUGAACAUGGAGGGAACAGCAUUGAAAUAAAUUAAUAUGUGAUUUAAUGUAAUUGUUUCACAAGCCUGAAAUCUUUGAAAAUACAAAUCAUACAAACUGGCAGCACGUGUACAAUUGUGUUGUCGUGAGUGGUGCAGAAAUGUAUGAAUGUUGUGUAAAAAUCUUACUCGAAUUCUCAGAAAAACAUAGAAUAAAAUCCUCAAUCUUCGUUUUUACUAAAACAAAUUUUGUCAUCAUCAUAAAUUUGA